GCGUCCAUUUUCGUUUCUUUUUUCCAGUUCCACCAUUAUCGACAUGACGGGUGAGCACAAAGGAACCGUCCUGGUGACGGGCGGUGCCGGAUAUAUCGGUUCGCAUACGGUCGUAUCGCUGCUCGAGGCCGGCUACAGUGUGGUUGCUCUGGACAACUUCACCAACUCGGUCAACUCGGCCAAAAAUGAAUCCGUCGCUCUCCAGCGAGUUGAGCAGAUCACCGGUAAGAAGGUCCAUUUCUAUCGGUGCGAUCUGCUCGACAAGGACGCCCUCGAGCGAAUCUUCGCUGCGCACCACAUUGACUCGGUGAUCCAUUUUGCUGCACUGAAAGCGGUCGGCGAAUCGAUGACCAACCCGCUGCUGUACUACAAGAACAAUAUGAUCGGCAUGAUCAACCUGCUGGAGGUGAUGGACAGUCUGGGCAUUUACCGGAUGGUCUUCUCGAGCUCGUGCACGGUGUACGGCGAGCCGGAGCGAUUACCGAUCACCGAGGAGAACCCGACCGGAAACGUUACCAACGUGUACGGGCGCACGAAGUACUUCAUCGAGGAAAUGCUGAAGGAUGCGGUGCGAGCCGACCCGAAGUGGAACAUUAUUGCCCUGCGCUACUUCAACCCGGUCGGGGCACACAAGUCGGGCCGUAUCGGGGAAGAUCCGACGAAGCAGUUCACCAACCUGAUGCCGUACAUCAGCCAGGUAGCGAUCGGAAAGAAGGAUGUGCUGACCAUCUUCGGUAACGAUUACGACACACCGGACGGAACGGGAGUGCGGGACUACGUGCACGUGAUGGAUCUGGCCAGUGGACACGUGGCCGCUUUGAAUAAACUAGACAAGGAGCACCUCGGUCUGAAAAUGUACAACCUUGGCACCGGAAAAGGCAUAUCGGUAUUGGAGCUUAUACAAACCUUCGAGCGGGUGAACAAAGUAAAAAUUCCUUACGUUGUUGAAGCCCGCCGUGCAGGUGAUAUCUCGUCCAUGUUCGCAAACGCCACCCUCGCCGAAACCGAACUUGGAUGGAAAGCAGUACACAGCGUCGAAGAGAUGUGUGAAGAUUUUUGGCGAUGGCAAACGAUGAACCCCAGCGGCUACAAAACGGAACAAGCGAACGGCCACCACUAGAAGUUGGAAUGAGUCCGCACAUUCACAAUUUGUUCUAUUUAUUAUUUUAUAUGCAACCAAGCACAUUUUUCUCCUCCAUGGCCAGUUCGUAAAGACGUUUGUUUUGCAAUUUUAACACUUCCAUUCCGUACGAGGUGCA